AUGUACUAUGCACGCGCGCGCGAGGAGUGGUGGAGCGGCUCGCUGCGGGACGCGCACCGCGAGUACGCCGCCGCGCUGUCCGCGCUGCACGACCGCGUCGCGCGCCUCGAGGUGCUGCUGCUGGAGACGCAGAAGAAAGCAGGGUUGCCUGUGAUGUUGCCGCACGAGCCUUCGGCACGCCGCGAGACGCCCCCGCUACCGCGUCGCCCAGACCCCGACCCGCUGCUUAUUAACGAUCCAUGGAGUUCUGACAGCGAUCUAUCUGAUUUAUCCCCCGUGGAAGACGAAUACGCGAAGGUGGACAAAUCGGACCGUCGCCGUGAGGCCCCAGACCUCGGCGACGUGACGGCGACGACGGCGAGCGAGUCGCGGCCGAGCACGACCGCUUCGGACGUUACGGUCGUCAGCACGGCCGCGCCGCCGGCCGCCGUCACCGCCACCGCUGUGGUGCCCGCUCCGGUCGCUACUCCGGCUCCGGCUAACGUCACGGAUAGAUUAAUGGCAUCGUCCACCUCGAGCAGCGGCAUGGCCACGAGCGGGACGAGCAACGGCAACUCGGCAGGCGGCGGUGAGCCAGCCCCGCGUGACGCGCCGGUGUCCCGCGAGCCGCCCGUGCGGGACACGUCGCGGGAGCUGGACGCGGCCGUCCCGCGCGGCGCGCUGCUGGACACGUCGGCGCACCGCGCGCGCACCGACCUGGCGCGCCACCGCCACCACGCGCCGCACUCGCCACACUCGCCGCAUUCGCUCAGCAACGCCAGCUCUUAUGAUGGACUCGACGACUCGUACAACGAUUCGGCUGACGAGUCUCUAAGUGAAUCGACAUCGGGAGCUCCUCCCCACACAGCACACUCCACUAUGAGUCGAGACACUCGGCAAAGCUGCGGCAGUUCCAUAGGUAGCGCGACCGACGACGCCGUGUAUUCCCGCGACCAUCGCCACCACCCGCUGGCCGGUGUGGGCCCGCCCGCGUCGCUGGCCGAGCAGCUGAAGCAGGUGCUGGCGGAGCGCGAGCGGCGCCUGGCGGGCGCGUCGCCGCCGCACCAGCCCCACCAGCCCCCGCAGACCCACCAGCCCCACCCGCCCGCGCACCCCCACCCCGACCCCGUGCAGCUCACCAACGAGCUCGUGGACGAGAUCCGCCAGGCCGUCAGCGAGGCCAACGCGAGAGUGAAGAAAGCUCCGGCUUGCGUAGUCGGCGGCGAGGUGCCGUGGCAGCCGCUGUCCACCGCCGUGUCGGAGAGCAGCCUGUCGCCGCCCGCGCCGCCCGGCCCGCCCGCGCCGCACCCGGUCAAUCAUUGGACUAAGCAGCAGGUGUGGCAGUGGGUGUCGGGUCUGGGCGAGGGUCUGGAGCGGCACGCGGGCGCGUUCGCGGCGCGCGGCAUCGACGGCGCGCUGCUGCUGGCGCUCAGCUCGGCCGACCUCAAGCUGCUCGGGCUGCCGGGCGACGAGCGCCGCCGCAUGAAGCGCCGCCUCAAGGAGCUGCGCAGCGCGCACGAGAAACACCUCAAGGCGCUCAAGAAGGCCGAGAAGAAGGCCCGCAAGAAGUAGCCGCCCCCGCCCACACGUCCCCGACGGAACUCGUGAGUGCGAUAAAGCCUCGAUCACACCUACCGAGUGGACGGGCGAGACAGUAAAAUGAUACUAGGCCGAGAAAGUUGGGCGAGCGAGUCAUCUACUCGAGCGCUCUGCGAAAUGUUCAUACACACCGAGUACUCGGCCGAGAGCACUGUCUCGCCCGUUUGCUCGGUACGUGUGAUCAAAGCAAACGGGCGAGACAGUAAAAUGUUUAUUCGGUCGAGGCAGUUGGGUGAGCGAGUCAUAUACUCGAGCGCUCUUCCGAGCACUCGGCGUAAUGUUCAUACACACCGAGUACUCGGCCGAGAGCACUGUCUCGCCCGUUUGCUCGGUACGUGUGAUCAAGGCAUAAGGAACGGUGGCCGGCUGCCUGAGAGCUCUUGUAGCGUCUUGUACAGUCCGCGUCAAAUAGAUCGUGACACCUUUGGGUGUAGCUAAAAAGUUCGCAACACGUCUUUGUUACAAUUGGAAUAAGGUUGUUAUCAACUUUUUGGUCACUUUGGUUGUCACGCACUAUUUGACGCUGAUUGUACUUGAAAAAAAAAAAAAACUUCCUUCUAUUCUUUUUGAACUAUGUACGUGCUGAUUAUAUUAUCUUUACGUCGGCAGUACGUUUCUAUUACGAAACCUUGCCAGCAAAACUAAUACACAACUCCGUGUUUAAAAUGGGAUUAGUAACGUGAUAGAAUAAAUGCAGAGAUGUAUAUUGAUAGAGCUUCGCGGCCAAGGUGUCAUAAAGGGAAAAUUGACACUCAAAACUUUUGGGCUCUUUUGGACACUCAUCUCUGAAAGACGCUACAAUUAGUGCUCAGUACGCAGAGUUGCCAUAGUUCCUUACAAUUUUAAUAUCGCACUAUCGAUCAAAAUUAAAAUACUGUUUAGUCAUAUUAUAAUAACUUACGUUGAUUAAAUACCUACUAAAUCUAGAGUAAUUAUAUUAUUAUUCCUCGGAAAUGAGGGGACGGACGCCGCGCUCGCACAGUUUAGUCUGCCCACGUUCAUGUUCUUUUAGUCGCCUUUUAAGGCUUGGCUACGUUUGUCAAAGGAUUACUUAAAAAGCUAAAACUAAAUAAUCGUCAUCGUCUGACUCACUGUAACUGUUCUAGUUGUUUUUCUUCCUAUUUCUUUUCAUGUACUUUUGUACUAUCAAAAUCUUGAAGUCUGUUUCAUGUCUCUAUUUUCGCUCAUUUAUAUUUAGAUAAAGAUAGCACGACGACCGUUUAAAUAAAAAUGUAGUUGGGUCCUAAGAGGUUCCGUCAACGACUGGCGGCGACAGCAGCGCGAGCGCGCGCGUGGGCGGCGGCCGCGGCCGCGCCGAUAGCGUACAGAGUGCCAUCUGACCUAUAGCUUAGAGUUUAGAGACGUUAGUGCUGCUUCGAACGAAGAAACGAAUAUUAUUAAUCGAAAAUUAGGUGUAAGCGUGUAAGGAACAGGUUUAGUAGAAAUACAUAUUUAUUUAGACUGUCUGCAGUAAACCCUAUAUGCCGUAUUUAAUCUUUUGACAGGUGUUGCGUUUGAAACGAUAAAUUUAUUCGACGUUCCUACCUUUUGUAUUAAUUGUGUCAGGUUUUCUUAACAUUCGGUGUGAAUUGAUGGACUGUAGAAAAUUACUGGCUCAAUCUAGUCAUAAGAUGAAUUGUAAACAGUUUGAAAGUCAUGAAGUAACUCGACAUUUUCUUAGAAAUUUUCGUAUAAUAUUAAGAUUUAUUAGAAAGUAAUUUUCAUGUAACUAUGUAUUACUAUGUCAAAUCUAUGUAUUAACACUAUGUAAUUUAUUUAUAUUUCGUAAUCAGAAAGCAAUGCAAAUUGAUUAUGGUUACUUUGGCAUUUAUUUUCAAAAUGAUUGCACAAAAGGUACUUAGAAAUACGGUAACUUGUCGCUUGUUGCCAACCUUAGCAUAUAAAGUUUGUCAUUAAAAAUAGUCAAGUAUCAUUUCAUCAAGCACGUGAUCUCAUUUCAUGUAAGGAUACUAGCAUCCAUCCUGUCAUCCGCAUUCAGUAUUUGUAGAGCAACAAAUCGUUAUCAGUCCUUGUAAUGAAAUGCAAUCUUCAUGAUUUAUUAUACAUUCCAACACUUUUUCUUGAUAGUUGUUUCAGUGUGGGGUUUUUAUGAUUUAGAGAACUUUAUAGUUUCAUUAAGUGACAUAAAUAUGAUUUAUCAGUGUUGUUGUCCGUGUGUGUUUGGUUCUUUAGCGGCCGUCAUGUACAUAGUCUCGAGCGUGGACUGAGUGGGGCUACGGGCGUGCUUGGACUGCUGCAUGACUGGAUGUACCCUGUACAUUUAGUGUAUUUAUUUCAAUUAAGAUUAAUAUUAAUAUAAGUAGAGCCCAUUAACCAUUGCCAAAAUUUAACAGUACUUUGUUUAAUAUUGUUGAUUUUUAAUUUACAUUUCCCUUAAAUUAUUUUUAUAUUUAAUUUGGGACCAAAUUAAUUUAUUAUGACUUUUUACUUAUUUUAUGUAUUUGGGUGUGUGUUCAGGAGAAAGAUUUUUUAUUUAUAAUUUAAUAAACAAACCAAAGUCUACAUCAUAUUGUUUUUUACUGUUAUUAUUCAGUGUGAACAACAUGUAUAAUAUUAUGAGAUGGUGAUGAAAAUAUAAUCUGCAGUGUAAAAUUGA